AUGCCGACCGCAGAGCCCCUUCCCCAGACGGCUAUGACCCCCUCCGCCGCGAUCUCGAAGGCAGAAUUGCUUUGCAAGAAAUGCAACCAAUUAUUCACAGUCUGGCGAAACGCGCACGACGCUGGAGUCGACGACAGUGUGGACUGCAUCCAUGCAUCCAGCGAUACGGACUCUGUGUCGGGCAACGCACAGAAGGGCACAGAGAGCGACGCUGCAUUCGACCCCGUCUCCGUCGACUGGGAAACAAAGCUGGUGCCACGCGACAAUAAUGAGGACGACCUGUGGAGUCCAACCACGGAGCUUCACUACCGGCGCGCUUCAGAGAUACACAAAGUCCGAAAAGUAGAAGCACGCGCAAGUAGAAGGCAUCGCAAGCCCCAGGCAGAGGACAGGCCCCAUGUAUGGAGGCCGGCACGCAUCUCGCAAGGGGCAAGGAGGCGAAUGCGCCGUGAGAAGGAAGAAGAGCUGGUCUCUAGAGCCCAGGCUGAGGGUGCCAACAGUCGCGAAUGGAAUUUCGUGGUCUCGCAAUCUUGCACCGGGAUGGUGAUGGACUUUAUGGUUGGGCAUGACGGCUGA